GUUUUGUUUACUUCCGGGUUGUCGCUGCAGAGAACACCAACGCCCUGAACACCGAGCAAAGCGGAUUAAAGUCCUGCAGAGAUGGCAGAGGAGGCAGAAGACGAAAUACCCGAGUCUGGGGCAGUUUUCACGUUUGGAAAGAGUAAGUUUGCUGACGACAUGCCCAGUGUGUUCUGGCUGAAGAACGACGUUCCUGAGAGGAUCGCCUGUGGAGAUGAGCACAGUGCCUUGGUCACAGGAAACGGGAAGCUCUUCAUGUUCGGCAGCAACAACUGGGGCCAGCUGGGCCUGGGCUCCAAGCAGACGGUACAGAAGCCCACCUGUGUCAAAGCUCUGAAGGGUGAGAAGGUCCGGCUGGUGGCGUGCGGACGGAACCACACUUUGAUCAGCACCGAGCAGGGACACGUGUUCGCCUGCGGCGGGAACGGCGAAGGCCAGCUGGGACUCGGCGACUGCGAGGAGCGGACCGCCUUCCAGAGGAUCGGCUUCUUCCAGGCGCACGGACCGAUCAAGAUGCUGGCUGCCGGGUCCAACACCUCCGCCGCCCUGACAGAGGGCGGGAAGCUGUUCAUGUGGGGCGAGAACUCUGAGGGUCAGAUUGGGCUGGGGAAGCGGAGCCAGGCGACCCGGCCGCUGGAGGUCAGCGUGGGCCGGCCGGUCAGCUGGGUGUCCUGCGGGUACUACCACUCCGCUCUGGUGACAGCGGACGGAGCGCUGUUCACCUUCGGGGAGCGGGACAGCGGGAAGCUGGGGCUGCGGCCGGAGCGGCUGGCCAGACACCGGGUCCCGCAGCGGGUGGAGAGCAUCACGGAGCCGGUGCUGCAGGUGGCCUGUGGCGGCAGCCACACGGUGGCGCUAACAGACGGCAGCGGCGUCUACUCGUUUGGCCUGGGUCAGUUCGGCCAGCUGGGCCUUGGGACAUUUGUGUUCGAGUCGCAGCUGCCACGCCCCGUCCAGCGCUUCCAGGCGGGCCGGCCAACCCGGGUGACCUGCGGGGAGAGCCACACUGCCAUUCUCACAGACACGGGGCUGCUGUACUCGUUUGGCGACGGCCGACACGGGAAGCUGGGCCUGGGCGACCAGAACUUCACCAACCAUUUCCACCCAGCCGUGGUUCCCCGCUUCCUGCCGCUCGCCGUCCAGGCCGCGGCGUGCGGAGGUUGCCACAUGGUGGUUCUGGCCCGGCCCAGAGGACCCGGCUGCUCCGCCAUCACGCUGGAGGACGCCGCAUUCGAUUUCCUGGGGGAACCGACCGCCACACUGCAGCGCAGCCUCUCCGCCCGGGUCCGCCGCAGGGAACGGGAGCGAUCUCCAGAGCAGUUUGGACCCGCGGCCCACUCGCUGCCCGCCAGAACCUCGGGCGUCCUGCAGAUGGCACUUCCUGCCUCGGGCCAACCGGACCAGAACCAACUGAACAAGAACCAUGGGCCGGUUCUGCUGGCUCUGUCCGAACUGGACCAGAACCAGCUGAGCCACAGGCCGGUUCUUAACGGGACCCAGCACUUCGGCACAGACGGCGUUCAUCAGGGGCAGACAGGGGGCGAUGUGGAGAGCCUGACAGACUGCGACAGCGUGAGAGGACUGGGAGAAACCACUGACUUCCUGAACCUGACUCAUGUGAUGAAGAUGGAUCCCAGCGACAAAACACUCAGCCUGUCUCCACUGUUGAAGGAUGCGGUGGAGACCGCUGAGGAAGACGAGGACAGAGCUGGUGAUGAAGAGGAGACUGGGACAUCUUCGUCAGCAGAGAGUCCACUGAACGCAGAGCCAGCUUCACACCCAAUUGGCAGGGAGCCUGGAGGAGCCACGCCCCCUGAAUGCUCUUCACCUGGAGGAGCCGAGGUCAGAGGUCACAGCCCCGCAGCAGAGCAGUCAGGAAGUGAAGCCAAAGCAGCCAAUGGGGAAGCGGAGCUCCUCUCCGACAGUCGAUCAGGCUCCAGCAGGAAGCUGGCCGUUUUCAGACAGCUGUCCUCGUCCAGGUCCAGACAGGUGGACUCGACGCGCUCUGGAGCCUGCAGCCUGCUGUAGGGAACCAUCAAACAUCUGGGCCGGGUCAGCGGCGCCACCGGCAGGACAGGAGCAGAACUGCAGCUCAGCUUGGUGACUUCCUGACACUCCAGAACCAUCAGAACCUUGCAGAACCACCAAACCCUUACAGAACAUCCAGAACUUUCCAGAACGACCAGAGCCUUACAGAACAUCCAGAACCUUCCAGAACCCCCAGAACCUUACAGAACCCCCAGAACCAAUGUUCUGACAGUUAGGUCCACACUCUGACAGGGUUCUAUUCUGUGGAAGGUUCUGACCCGGUUCUGUUGAACCGGACCUGCUGCUCCUCUCUCUGUAGGAAACAUUUCUGCUAAUCUCAGGAUCAUUUCAGCCUCUAAUAACUGUUCAGAUUAGGAUUAAAUCGGCCUUCAACUCACUGUUUAAAGGAAUGUUCCCCCUAAAACAGAAAAACAUCCUGACCAGAAUCAAGCGUUAUAAAGUUCAAACCAAAACAAGAGACAAGUCCCAAAAACAAAUUAUAAGGAAAUGAAAUAAAACAUGAAAUACUUGCAAAUAUUGGAGAACAUUUA